AUGGAGACUAGCGAUGGGGUUGCUCAGUCGGAUCCUGCGCGUGCCGCCGGUGCAUCGGCUCCUCCUUCGCCGGCGCGGCCAACCGUCGGGUCCAGGUUCUUCUUCCUAGCGGAGGACGAGGAUUCUGACGAGGAGACGCGGGAAACGGCGGAGGAGGCGGCGUGGUCGGUGCUAGGGCUAGAUCCUAUCGUGCAGCAGAUCGGGCGGUCGCCGGAAUUGUCCCAAGAGGAGGUGAGAGAUGAUUUCUCGACAAAGAUCGGAUAUCCGACGUCUGAGUCCAGGGAAUGGUCAAGGUCUGCAUCGCCAGAGGUACGUUUGUCGUCGUGCAGGUCGUCGGAGCGAGCAAGAUCUGCGUCGCCGCCGCCGGGGGAGAAGGUCAAGAGGUCUGCGAUGAGGGCGGCGUCCUCGUCGCCGGUACGCCUGCGGCUUUCCCGGAUGCCGCGGAUGAAGCCCUGGAGAGGCCCGCUUCCGCGUCGUCGAGUCACGUCGGCGCCUGUUUUUGGGGACUUCCUCGCUGCAGUUUCGGCACGUCGGCCGGCGGCGUUCGCGCCUUUGGAGCCUUCGUCGGGGUCUGCUACCUCUGUGGUGCUUGGGGCGUCUCCGACGCCGAGUCGCGUGGUGGUGGAGGCGACACCGGCACCUUCGUCUUUGGUGCCGGCCGAGGAACCGGCGGUGCGGCCGUUGAUCGCGGCAGGUCUCGAGCCGCGAUUCAAACCAGCGGACGCGGCACUGGAGGCCUCCUCCAGUGGGCCGCAAGGUAGAUGGGCCUGGUUCGGUCGGGCCGUGAUGGCUGUGCAGAAGGCGCCUCGCUGCGUCCCUCACGACAACAGCAUACGAUCACGGGCGAUCGACCAGUUCUCGUAUCGUUCUAGAGACAUCUUCGCCGCCGCCGCUCGACCUCAAGCCACCACCGUCGAACCAUCGUCAUCACCCGCAUCUACGCCAUCCCAAAGUGCAGGGCUGCGGCGAUCCUUCGCGCAAGUCGUCGUUGGGGUCUCCUCGUCCGUGGAGAUGGCCGGGGCUGCGCGGCCUCCUGCGCCUCCCGGGGCAGCUAUGGCGGCGCCUGGGCCCGCUCUGGCUGCACCUGGGUCAGCUGCUUCGGCGGCCGCCACUGCUGCUGCUUCGGGUCCUUUCAUGGGACCUCCUGGAUUUCAAGGUUGGCCGGAAGGGGUGCCGUUGCAGCAGCCCACACCUGCCCCAAGACCGGCUGCGCCACCGCCGAGACCGACAAUGGGGUAUCGGCCGCCAAUUCGGCCGCCGGCGGUGCGGCCAUUGACCGCGGCGGGUCUCGGGCCGCGUUUCAAACCAGUGGACGCGGCACUGGAGGCCUCCUCUGGAGGGCCGCAAGGUAGAUGGGCCUGGUUCGGUCGGGCCAUGAUGGCUGUGCAGAAGGCGCCUCGCUGCGCCCAUCACGUCAACAACAUACGAUCACGGGCGGUCGACCGGUUCGUGGUGCUGGAGGAGGUGCUGCCGACUUCGGAGGACGCUUCGCUGCCGCACCAUCUGGAUGCGGGGCAGCGGACCUUCAGGGUCUCGCCGUGUCCCGCGAACGGACCCGUUGAGCCUGUGAUACCGCCUCCACGGGCGGAGGGGCAAGCUGAUGGGACAGAGAGCGCUUCUCCUUCGACACCUUUUUCCCCCACGAUGGGGGACUCGCCUGGGGCUGCUGUGAUACAGGGGGCUACAUCACCUUCUACCCCUGUAUCGACGACCUCUUCUCCUUCACCGUCUAGGUCUCCACCGCCCUCGACUUCUCCAUCACCGGUCUCCAGCCUGCAGCAGUCGCCACCCACGGUCCCUCCUCCCGUUGUUCAGCCGACGAUGAGGCGGAGUGGGAGGUACGCUCUUGCGGCGGAUGGGGCGGGGGCGACGGAUGAGGACGCCAUGCAGAGAGCCAUGCGGCGUAAGGCUGAGAAGAACCUCGACACGGCAGGUACUAAACAACCGUCCAAGUCGUUUGUUUCUUUUUCAGAUACUCGUAUUUCUUCAAAUUUGAGUAGCAUAGGGGUUAAUAUGGGUAGUCGGUCUGAUGAGAUUUCAGUUUCGGCCAAUGUGUUGAGACAGACGGAGCUUGACCGUCUAACGGUUGUUCCGAAUGUCUCCACUGGGCAUGAAACAACAGUAGUAGACGAUGAAGAAGAGGAUGACAUCCUAGAUGGUCAGCUUCUCUCGGCUAUUAUUGGUAAUAUUUCAGAAGUCGAUUUAGAACACGUGGAGCUUAGUUCUGAUCUACAAGCUUCUGAACGUGGUUCUCGAUCGUCGGCUGGAAAGAAAUCUCGUAGAUAUAGUAAGAAUACUAAAUCUAAAAUAGUUUCUCGAUGA